AUGUGGCUGCUCUUGUUGCUGGCGAACGGCUGGCAAUUGCCUGAGCUGAGCGCGUUGCGCUGCCCGGCGGAAAAUGCCGCUCCACUGCAGUUCCAGCUGGUGCGUCAGUGCCAGCGUGCCGCUACGGCUGAGGCACUGGCUCUGGAGAGCACCCCAACGCUAGAGGCUUGCAUGAAGUUGGCGCGCGAGCUGCGUGGCUUGGCCUUAAACUAUGCGCCAGGUGGGCCAGAGCGGCGCACAAAUCGUUUCGAGCAGCAGCCAAGGGAUGCCUACGACAAGGAAGCACGCAAGCGUCUGACAGUCUUUGAGCAGCCGGCGGAGUACUUCAACUGUCAUGUGCUGCAGUGUCCGCAGAAUAUCAGCUUUGCGGGCAUGCUGAAUGACAGUCGCUUCGAUUACUACAGCUUAUAUGGCAGGCCCACAGCGUUGCACAACAUCAGCUGCGUGCCGCGUGUGGGACUCUUUGUGUUCUAUACACGACCCGCCAGCUAUCUGAAUGCCUCGCGCAGCUGCAGCCAUGCCAGCGAGUUUAGCGGCAGCCUGGCGCACGUUGCCUCCGAGGCGCGCACCUAUGCACUGUCCCGUUGGCUCGUCGAGUACAAUAAACAACGCGCCGGCGAGCAGACCGUACCGGGCAUAUUUCUGGCCUAUGUGGGCUUGCGUUUUAAUAGCUCCAGCUCUCUCCGGCCGAUGGACUAUCGCAAUGCGCAGCAGGAGAGCCUGCUCUGUUUUCUGUACCGCGCCUGGCAUGAGGGUCAUCCGCGAUCGGAGGGCAGUCAGGCUAAUGCCAGCUGCGUGGCACUGACUCCAAAGGGCACUUGGCAAACGCUGAGCUGUGAGCGCGAGCUGCCCUUCAUAUGCGAGAUCUUUACGCCUGCGAGAUCCAGUACGAACAGGCAACUGGAUACGGGAGCGAAUGCUGCCGACGUGUGUUACUGAAAAGGAUUUACGACAACCCGAUUUAAUUCCAACAAAAUAACUCCAAAAGGGAAAGUGAACCUAUCCCGACCUUGAGUUGAACUAAAAUUAAGCAAAAACCAUAUACAAACAAGGUAUAUUGAUAAAUUUACCUUCAGUCUUGAUUUUAACGUCCAUGAUGAAACAGCUGCGUCUUUAAUUAUU